AUGGAUCAAGUACUGCUCAGACUACCUUACACACACUGUUACCUGGACGACAUCCUCAUCAGUGGUCCUGAUGAACAGACUCACCUUAAAGCACUGGAUUCAGUCCUAGGCAGGCUAGAGGAGUAUGGCCUGCAUCUCAAACAAGAGAAGUGCCAGUUUUUCCAGGAGUCUGUGAAAUACUUGGGCCACAUCAUUGACGCGGCCGGGCUCCACAAAUCACCGGAGAAGAUAGAGAGGGAGGCGCUAGCGAUAGUCUUUGGAGUUCGCAAGUUCCAUCAGUACCUCUAUGGUAACAAGUUUACCCUACUCACUGACCAUCGCCCGCUGACCUCCAUCCUGAGUCCAGUGAAAAGUACACCAUCAAUGGCUGCAGCCCGAAUGCAGCGCUGGGCACUCCUCCUAUCAGCGCAUGAGUAUAUCAUCGAAUACCGUAAGGGUGCACUACAUGCAAAUGCAGAUGGACUUUCACGCUUACCACUCUCCCACACUCAUAAAGAGAAGCUAGGCGCAGUAGAGGUGUUCUACACCUCUCAGUUGGACACACUACCAGUCAGUAACACCGAGAUCAAACGUGAGACCCUGUCUGACUCCACUUUAUCUCGUGUCCAGGAAAUUGUCUCCACUGGUCGUUGUCCAUCUGCAAAGGAUGCCGACGAAGAGCUGUCGCCCUAUCUGUUGCGCCGGCAUGACCUCACCAUACAACAGGGAUGCCUCAUGUGGGGUAUGAGAGUGAUUGUGCCUCCUAAACUGCGCCCCCGGGUUCUGAAAGAGCUCCACUCAGCACAUCCAGGAGUAGUGAGGAUGAAGAGCUUGGCACGCAGUUAUGUGUGGUGGCCCGGCGUCGACUCUCAAAUUGAGCUUCACGCCAAAUCCUGCCCCCCGUGUCAGAGCAUACAAAAAGCACCUGGGUUAGCUCCUCUACACCCUUGGAUGUGGCCAUCCAGUCCUUGGGAAAGGAUACAUGUGGACUUUGCGGGUCCAUUCGAAGGUCAUAUGUACCUGAUCACUGUGGACGCCCAUUCCAAGUGGCCUGAGGUGCAUAUCAUGGACAGCACCACAGCCAGCAAGACCAUACAAGUGCUCAGGGGACUUUUGAGUCGCCAUGGAAUUCCGCACAUCCUUGUGAGCGACAAUGGACCUCAGUUCUGUUCUGAAGAAUUCAGUGCCUUCCUGAAGUCCAAUGGAGUCAAACACACCCGCUCAGCGCCGUACCAUCCUGCUACCAAUGGCUUGGCAGAGCGUUUUGUGCGCACAUUCAAACAGGCCUUAAAAUCAUCUAAGGGCACCGGGAUGGUGCAACAACGCCUUGAUACGUUCCUGCUGGCAUACCGCAACAUCCCCCACACCACAACAACGGAAACGCCAGCCAUGUUGUUCCUUGGACGCAGGCUGCGUUCUCGUCUGGAUUUCCUGAAACCCAAUAUUGCUGGAACAGUGCACAGAUCACAGGAUGCCCAACAACAACGCCGCCACCAACACUCAAAGGACAGGCAGUUUGAUGUUGGGGAGCCAGUCCGUGUGCGGGACUAUAGGAAGGGGGAGGAGAAGUGGACACAAGGUAUUGUUGUGGAAAAGACAGGUCCAGUAUCGUACAGGAUAAAUGUGGGAGUACCAGGGGUAUGGAAACGCCAUGUGGAUCAGAUGCUGACACGCCCCGAUCCAGAGCUGCAGCAGACUGCAGUGAACCUUCCAGUACCAGAGGACUUACCCCCGAGUGAUAUCUGCACCACACUCCACUCUAAUACACCUCACACACAGGAGCCUGACUGUCAAAUUUCUCAGCACACACAAUCUCCACACCAGUCCACUGACUCACCACAGACUGUGCUAACCGGUACUCCGGUAACAGAGACAAUGAGACGCUAUCCUGUGAGGAUUACUAAACCGCCCGUACGUUACGGUGCGGAGUGACCACAUUGUUUAUUGUAAUAUAAUGUUCUGAGACAUAUUGUUUGCAGUAUAAGAAGACAUCCCCUCAUUAUUAUUUGAUGUAAAAAAAAGGAAAGCUAUAAU